AUGCUGACGUUUUCAUACUUCUUUGGAGCCUCUACAGGACAUAAUCUUCGCAAAUCUAUGGCGGGUGCUUACGGCCCAGAUCUGUCCAAGAAGCUUUCUCAGCUGGUGAAAAUGGAGAAGAAUCUUAUGCGGUCUAUGGAACUUGUUGGACGCGAACGGCGUGAGGUUGCUCGCCAGCUCUCGAUAUGGGGUGAGGAGUGUGACGAGGAUGUUUCUGAUAUUACGGACAAACUGGGUGUGCUCAUCUUUGAGGUGGGUGAGUUGGAGGACCAAUUUAUCGACAGAUACGAUCAAUACAGAGUUACUAUUAAGAGUGUGCGGAACAUUGAGUCUAGCGUUCAACCCAGCCGUGAUCGCAAACAAAAGAUCACCGACCAAAUCGCUCAACUAAAAUACAAGGACCCUACAUCUCCCAAAAUCGUGGUGCUUGAGCAGGAGCUUGUCCGUGCAGAAGCCGAGUCACUUGUGGCUGAGGCGCAAUUGUCCAAUAUCACCCGUGAGAAAAUCAAGGCUGCAUUCACGUACCAGUUUGAUGCUCUUAGGGAGCACUCUGAGAAACUUGCAUUGAUUGCUGGAUAUGGAAAGCAUCUGCUGGCGCUCGUGGAUGACACCCCAGUUACACCUGGUGAGACGAGGCCGGCCUAUGACGGAUAUGAAGCUAGCAAAGGCAUUAUCCAGGACUGUGAGGAUGCUCUUACAAACUGGGUCGAGGCCAAAGCUGCCGUUCGCUCCCGCCUUUCCCAGCGUGGGUCUCGCCCACACCGUACCCAUGGACGUGUCACCCGUGCCGGCGCCGGCGAAGGAGUGUCUCUCGCCGAUCAAGACCGCCCCAUGCAACGUGGUUCCAGCGAGUGGGUACCAGCUGACGAACAUCAUCACCGCAAUCAUCGUGAGAAUGAUGAUGAUUAUGAAGACAUUACCGAUGACGAGAACGGCCACCACAGGCACUUAGACGGUGAUGGCACUCGCGGUAUGCGUGGUGCCCGCAAUGGGGCCGUCUUGAAUGACGGCGGCGCUGAGCUUCACGCUCGGGAUGGUGAGGCAGUCCUGGCGGAUUGA